AUUCUUAUGAUCCCCAAAACGAUUCUAAAAUUAUCCUGAGCAUGAUGAUUCCUUUAGCUUGGCCCAAAUUGUCUCUCGAGCUCUUCAACGAUGUGCUUCACCAUGAGGUUCAUUAUUCUAACCCGCUCCUGAGCAGCUGCAAGCUGACGCUUCUCCUCCUUUUCUAUGGCUAACCUCAUGUGUUCAUCGUCUGCUCGCUGUUGCUCCAUAUCCUGGUGUAUCCGUACAGUCUUGAGGCAUUGUUGCGCCAGUUGCACAACUUCUGGGCUAGGUUCUCGAGAUGUAGUGCUCUGGGAGUUGCAUAAAGGGGUGCAUGAAUAUGAGUGGCAUGUGUGAAGGCGGUAUUAGGGGUGAAAUAAACUUACGUCGAAACCUUGCGUUAUAGUCAUACUCCGUACACUGUCCAUUCUGAGCAUAGGUGGUACGUCGAUGCGCGUCUUUAGAGGGAUGGCGAGGGAUGGUGUGGCAGUCAUGGUUUUCUUCUUUAGGGGAGUGCGAGCGUGCGCGCAGCGGCGAAUAAAAGUAACCCGGUUUACCCUAAGGAAGGGGGGUCAGGGACCAACUGCCGCAUGCGCACAUUGUUCCCGUAGAAAUAACCCGCUGAAGAAUGAGGAGUUUCAUAAUUCGACAGGUUCCGUCCAAAGCGGAAGAUCGAAUCAGAGCGGUUCAGACUCGCGGAACCCCUGAAUCGGGCGGCAGCAAUGGAGAAGGAGGGUUCUAGGCAGGUCCGCGGUGUGGGUGCGGCUAUUCCACGGCUGUGUGGCGCUCGUCAUUCGAGAUCGCAUCCGAGCGCAGCUGCAGCCAGGGAGUGGAAGAGCGGGCGAUCGAGUAGAACCACCAGGAUAUUGUGGAUGUUCAAACCAAAGCUUUGAAACAAAAGUGUGGCAGGGCGUGUGGAGCAUAUUAAGACCUCGCCACUCAAAAAAAUGAUGUUCUUCGGUGAGACAAGACACUUGAUUGGGGAGGUGACAUCCCUGACAUGACAGCCUCUUU